AUGUGUUCUUCAGAAGCUAGGGCGUACCCCAGAAGCGACGCGCAUUGUCCUCGCCCGGGCAAUGUGGCAAAUAUGCGAGGGCUACCGGCUAGAGGACGGAGAAGGCCAAAGAAGUUAGUCCGCCAUCGCCAGCAACAUCCAGUGCGCUCGGCAACACUUAACGUUGGGACGCUUACUGGAAGAAGUCGUGAACUGGCAGACAGUCUCAGAAAACGCCAUGUUGACAUAUGUUGUGUACAGGAGACUCACUUGAAAGGCUCCAAGUCAAGGGAAUUAGGCGAUGGCUUCAAGCUCAUCUACCACGGGACAUCAAAUCGCAGUGGCGUUGGUAUCAUAUUGAACGAGUCGUUUAGAAAUAGCGUCACAGCGGUGGAUCGACUAUAG